AUGAAUGGUCACUCAGGGGCCAUGUCACCGGUCUCCGUGGACGGUAGUGACUGGUCAGGAAUCAACCAAUAUCAGAAAACCGAUGCGCCCUUCUCCCCGACCUUCUCGAACCGCGACAAUCUAGCCACCCCUCCCACCUCCGGGGCUCCCAGUGCUCCCAACAGUGUGCCCAAUGGAAGUUCAUCCAGCCAGAUGAGCGACUCGGGGAACCCGUCGCCUCCGAGCUCGGUGGCUGCGCGAUCCAGCGAUGGCACGUUGGCCGAUCAGCGCAGCAAGCGACACAAGAGGAUGGAGGAACUCCUGGGACAGCAUUAUGUCGCCCUGAGACGGUUUCUGCAAAUGUCCUAUCGGGAUGACCGAGGGAAUAGCAAAUCCAGUAAAGCCCGGGACAAAUUGCUCCGUCUCUCGGCCACCCAGUUCCACGAGCUGAGUACCGAUGUCUAUGAUGAACUGCUGCGCCGCCAGCAGUCCGCGCCCUCCCCGUCACGACCCUCUCGUCCCGAUGUUCCUCCGUUUCUGCCUCCCCGAAAAGAUUUCCAUGAGAAGCGCAACCAGGCGCGUCAGAAAUUGGCCUCCCUGCAGCACCAACGCUUUAGGGAUCUCGCCACCGAUGUUUAUUGCGAGCUGGAGCGACGAUUCCCUCAGUUUCCCGCCAGGGAAUCCCGCAGGGCCAGCCCUGCUCCCAGUGCCCGAAGUCGUCCGUCGAACGGCUACCCGCCCGGUCCGUAUGGCCCCGGGUUUCCUCCGCCUCCGGGAAGCCGACGUUCGCAAUCUCGGGGCCCGCCGCGGGGGAGGGGAUAUACAUCUGGGGGCCCUCCGGGCGGGUCCUUCCCUCCGCGACAAGGAUCUCUGGGUGGACUGACCCCGUCGGUGAAUGGAGAUGGUCCUAUGGCCAAGUCCUUCCAGAGUAACACGAUGGUUCCAAACAAGAGCACCAUGGUGGAGGAUGACGAUGAUAUGGCCGGGAUGGACGAUGACUAUGACGCGCGGAGUGAUGCUUUUGCUCUCGACGCGGUCCUGCAGAGUAGACGCGGGACUACAACGACUCUAGGAGAUGGGGACAGGAAGUUGUUGGCAGACACCCAAUCUCAGGUUUCGACGUUGCAAGACAAAGUAAACAAACUCGAGGAAUUGCUGAAAACCAAGGAUGAAGAAAUCGCCAAACACCAGGGCAACCACGGCGAAAUGAGCAAGCUGGAGGAGUUGAUCAAGUCGAAAGAUGAGGAGAUUAGCCGAUACCAGGAGGAGCAGGAUAAGUCUCAGAUUAGUACCUUUGAACGGCAGGAAUGGGAAGACAUCAAAAUGGAACUGGAAAGCAAAAUCUCCAAAGCAGAAAACUUGAAUAGUUCGCUGCAGCUGGAGCUGGACAAGGUCCGGAUGGAACAGGAGGCGAUGGAAAAGGACCUUCGAACCCAGAUCGAUGCGGCCUCCCAGCAGGGUGCUGGCGAUGCUGAGCUGCAGGCCCGCUUUGCUGAUCUGGAGGUCAAGCACCGCGGAUUGCAGAGUGAACUGCAAGAACAACAGCAGGUGACGGAGGAGGUUCGUCGCGAGGCUGCCGGUUUCCUGAUGGAAAUGAGGGCCUUGUCAGAGCAAAGCCAUUCCAGGUGGGAGCAUGAGGAACGGCUCUCUGGUGAAGUCCACCGGUUAGAGGAGGAAAUCAAGCAGUGGAAGAGUCGAUAUGCCAAGGCGAAAUCCCAGCUCCGCCACCUCCGGGCAUCUUCAGCAGGCAUUUCGGAGACCAUUCCUGACGCCAACACUGUUGCCAGAGAUAACGAACUCUUGCAUGAGAAUGGGUUGAUCAAGGAUAUUCAUGUGACCAAAUUCCAGAUAUCCAUCGACGAGCUCCUCCGCGUUGCACGAUUCGACGAUCAUCAGCUUGUCAUGCAACAGAUCAAGGCAGUUGUCAUCGCGGUCCGCCAUCUACUGCGUGAUGUCGAAGUGUCUUCGGAUCUGGACGAUGGGCCGUCAGCUUUGCGCGGUAAGGCUACACGCAAAGUGUCCGCGACGGCGAAUAAUUUGAUCACAGCAUCUAAGAACUUUGCCAGUUCGAGUGGUCUUUCCCCUGUUUCUCUCCUGGAUGCCGCAGCUUCGCACCUGUCAACAGCGGUCAUUGAGCUUCUUCAUCUAGUGAAGAUCCAGGCCAGUCCUGCCGGUGACUUGGAUGAAGACGAGGAAGAACAACAUACCCAGAUGAAAUCUCCAGACUACUUCAGCGUUGCUCCCAGCCAGAGGAGAUUGAGCAAUAACGGAUCUGUCUACAGCGCCAUGAGCCCACCGUCCAACCAUUCUGGGAACCCGACAGAUGCUCACAUUGGAGUGUCGGAGCAUGUUCCCAAUGGCGUGAACAACGUGAAGGUUAACUAUGUGGUGCAACCUGAAGAUCAUGAGCUUCAGGAACUCAAGCUUUACGUCGAAGAUCAAACCGAUGGCCUUGUCCAAUCCAUCCAGGCUCUUGUUGCCAGCAUUCGAGGGGAGGAGGGCCUGACUACUAUCCGCACCCACGUGUCCGCUAUUUCUUCGGUCGUGACAAAUGUUGUGUCGUCUGCAGAGCAUUUUAUCCACAAACCCGACAUCAGCCCAGUGCUUAUGGACCGCGCUGGGUCGAUCAUCGAGACCCUGGAUUACCAUCGGGGCCGCCUACUGAAAACCGCAGCUGAGGGCAAAGGCGCGUCCUACGAUGAGAUCUUCCACAAUGUCACCAAUAAACUCCCUCCUAUUGCCUUUGAAAUCGCCCGGGUGACAAAGGAACUUGUGCAGCGGUUAGAUCGUACGGACUACGAUGACACCGAGGAUGAUUUCCGAUAG